AAUCUAUGAAUCCAUGUUACAAAUUGCAACAAGUAUAUGUGCUGGUUCGUUUGUUACGUCACUAUAUUUUUGAAGAACUCAAUACUAGUGGUUGAUAUAUUAAUUAACCCUAAAUCGUUCCACAUCUCCACUAUAAAUAUGGCAUUAUAAGUCCAAAUCUAAAGGAUCAAAUAACUAAAGCCGAAAAUGGAAAACAGAGAAACUCUUGUUUACACUCUCAUUUGCAUCUUUCUCUCUCUCCACUUCUUGUUUUGGAGAUUCAGGCCGCGUUACACUGAAGUUGCGUCUGUCUUCAGACUGACCCGCCACCUUAACAUCCGCAGUUUUGCUUCAGUAACAAGCUAUAACUUCGACUUCAUGUUGUAUAUGGUCAAUAAGGCCAAGUCUGUCAACAAAGCACUAGACGAGGCUGUUCCUCUCCGCGAGCCAGCACUCAAAAUCCGUGAAUCCAUGAGGUAUACGCUUCUCUCGGGUGGAAAACGUGUAAGGCCAAUGCUUUGCUUAGCUGCGUGCGAGCUCGUAGGCGGCCAAGAGUCCACCGCAAUGCCCACUGCAUGUGCUGUUGAGAUGCUUCACACGUCAUCUCUCAUCCAAGACGACCUCCCUUGUAUGGAUGACGACAACCUUCGUCGUGGAAAACCAACCAACCAUAAAGUAUAUGGUGAAGAUAUAUCCGUCUUGACCGCUGAUGCACUCAUAGCUUUGGCUGUCAAGAAGAUGGCCGCGUCUACCUCUUUGGGCGUUCCUCCAGAGAGGGUUCUCCGGGCCAUUCUGGAGAUGACAAAAGCGUUGGGAACGGAAGGGCUCGUUGCGGGUCAAGCGGCUGAUCUGGCCGGAGAAGGAAUGAGCGGAGUGGGGUUGGAACAUCUUGAGUUUAUACAUAUUCACAAAACGGCGGCGUUGCUUGAAGCUUCUGCGGUGGCGGGGGCUAUAGUGGGAGGUGGGUCUGAUGAAGAGAUUGAAAGGCUUAGGAUGUAUGCAAGAUGCAUUGGGCUUAUGUUUCAAGUUGUGGAUGAUGUUCUUGACGUGACAAAGUCGUCGGAGGAGUUGGGGAAGACGGCCGGUAAAGAUUUGAUGGCCGGAAAGCUAACGUAUCCGAGGUUCAUGGGAGUGGAGAAGUCGAAGGAGUAUGCGGAGAAGUUGAACGUAGAAGCGAGAGAGCAUCUUCAAGGAUUUGAUUCACACAAGGUGGCGCCUUUGUUGUCUCUCGCUGAUUACAUUGUCAACCGACAAAACUAACUUGAUAUAUGUUUUAGAAAAUUAUUGAUAUAUAUGUUCGUUAAAUGCAAACUUAAAAAUGGAAUAGAACUAUAUCUUCGAUCGCAAGAUAAUUAGUUUUAUUAUAAAUCCAAACAGUGUAAACGUAUCUAGAUAAUUAAUUAUUAUAUUAAAUUCUAGGUUUACAUUUACGAAUAGUUAAUUUUAUAGUCAAAACUUGGAUGUGAUUUAUAUUAAAGCGGGUUUGUCUCAUUCAAAGAUUUACUUGAACAAUCGUAAUAAAAGAUAUGCUUUUCGACCGACAUUAUAGGAAGGGUAGAGCGAAUGAAACCGUAACCAGUAACCAGUAACCAGUUCUGCUGUGUAUAUAUAAAUUUUGCGAAGGGUAGAGGCUCAUAGAGCGAAUAAAACCCCUAACCAGUUCUCAUUGUUAUAUUGAACGUAGCCUUUACUUGUUGUUCACGUUCUCUUGUAUUAACAAAGUUUUAUUCAAGUUUUUUGGGUCUAGGAAGUCUUUGGAAAAACUGUGUGUAAUCAAAAAAAAAAACCUUAUUAUUCUUUUAAUUUUUUUACAAUAAUGGUUUUUAUUAAAAAGCUGAUGAAUGCGGUCGACAAGAUUCAUGAUACAAGAAAAUAGAAAAUAGAAAUUCGUGACGAGAUUCAUGAUUUGUUUUGACAUGGUUAUCUACUAGGUUUAUUUCUAAAAAAAGACGAUGAAAUUAAAGUGAAUAAUGUGGUAGCAAUGCUACCGUAGCAUCUAUCGAACGCAUCACCACUUAGUCCAGAAUAGAAUCUAGACUAUAUUAAACUCUAGGAUAUAUCGUGAUUAUGUAGCUACACUAAUGUUACUUUAGAGAGCAUGACGAAUUUUAGAAUGUAGAUUGUUUACAAGUGAACUUAAAAGUCUUUUUUAAUGAAAAAAAAUACAAAAUGAAAAAGACGAUCAAGAUCCAGAAUUUUUUUAUAAUCAUAACUAUUAGCUACCCUAAUGAAUGUGAUAAGUAUUUAUUGGCAUAUCUGUCACUGAGACGCUAACUGCAAAUCUAUAUUAUUAAAACUGAAGUACCUUUUGGUACUGUUUGGAAACUUAGAUAGUAGAUUAAAUGAAAGUUGUUUGGAAACAAUGAUAGCAGAUUAAUUUUUUUUUAUUUACAUAUUUAGUCACUGUAUUUCUUUCUUAUUUACAGAUUCUGUCGUUUGGAAACUUGGAUAGCAAAUUAAAUAAGAAUUGUUUGGAAACACAUAUAGCAGAUUCAAUAUUUUUUUUUAUUUACACAUUUAGCCAUUGCAUUUCUUUCUUAUAUACAAAUCUGCCACUUCACUUAAAAUCAAAAAAAUAAUUAAUUAAUUACAAUGAAUUGUUAUUUUUUUUUGUUGAAAUAAAAACACAAACUAUAAUAUACAGUAUAUAUUAAUCUGCUACAAUAUAAUUUUCAAGAAAACCAAAUAUCAUAAAAUUAAUAAUAAUUCAUAAAAACCUACUGUAAAAAU